CUGUGUAUAUACAAAUAACCAAUCAACUUUCUCUCAACCAACGAACUCUGCACAGCUCAGACAAUUAACAAACAUCUAACAGCGGGAACUCGCCCUUUUCGACUCAGGACUCCUUUCACUUGUCCGUCCUGAGCUACUCAAACGAAUUUAAUUUUCCAUUCGGUUCGAAUUCGUUUUCUUCUGGAUCGUUUAAUUGAGUCCUAAGGAAAAGCAGGUUGCAAAUCACGAUGAAGGCACUCAUUCUUGUUGGAGGUUUUGGAACACGGUUGAGGCCAUUGACACUCAGUGUCCCAAAGCCCCUUGUUGAAUUUGCUAACAAACCUAUGAUCCUGCAUCAGAUAGAGGCUCUUAAGGCAGUUGGAGUUAGCGAAGUGGUUUUGGCUAUUAACUACCAACCAGAGGUGAUGUUGAACUUUUUGAAAGACUUUGAGGCCAAGCUUGGUAUCAAGAUCACCUGCUCACAGGAGACUGAACCAUUGGGCACUGCUGGUCCUCUGGCUCUGGCUAGGGACAAACUGAUUGAUGACUCUGGUGAGCCAUUUUUUGUCCUCAACAGUGACGUUAUUAGUGAGUACCCAUUCAAAGAAAUGAUUGAAUUCCAUAAAUCCCAUGGAGGAGAGGCAUCCAUUAUGGUAACUAAGGUGGAUGAGCCAUCAAAAUAUGGUGUGGUGGUUUUGGAACAAUCAACUGGAAAAGUUGAGAAAUUUGUUGAAAAGCCAAAGUUAUUUGUUGGUAACAAAAUCAAUGCUGGAAUUUAUCUUUUGAACCCGUCAGUUCUUGAUCGCAUUGAACUAAGGCCCACCUCAAUUGAAAAAGAGGUCUUCCCAAAAAUUGCAGCUGAGCAAAAGCUAUAUGCUAUGGUCCUUCCAGGCUUUUGGAUGGACAUUGGACAGCCAAGGGACUAUAUUACAGGUCUGAGACUUUAUCUGGACUCCCUCAGGAAGAAAUCUUCAUCUAAGUUGGCGACUGGCUCUCAUGUUGUAGGAAAUGUUUUGAUUCAUGAGAGUGCCAAGAUUGGAGAGGGGUGUUUGAUUGGACCUGAUGUUGCAAUUGGUCCUGGUUGUGUUGUUGAGUCAGGAGUUAGACUCUCUCGUUGCACAGUGAUGCGUGGAGUCCGCAUCAAAAAGCAUGCCUGCAUAUCCAGUAGUAUCAUUGGAUGGCACUCCACUGUAGGACAAUGGUCUCGUGUUGAAAACAUGACCAUCCUUGGAGAAGAUGUUCAUGUGUGUGACGAAAUUUACAGCAACGGGGGUGUGGUUUUGCCGCACAAAGAGAUAAAAUCAAGCAUUUUGAAGCCAGAGAUAGUCAUGUGAUCACUGAUGUUAAGUAGAACGCUGUCAGCAAGUAGUAAGUUAUUUUUCCCAGUAAUUGUAAUGUGUUGGUUCUUUCGUUCUUUAUUCUCAUCUUGAGACAUGUCCGAAACUUAAUAUGCAUGUGAAUGAAUUGAAAGUUGAAGACUCAGUUUCUCUUGUGAAAAGCAAAUGAUGAUUGGCGUGAGAGGUGUAACUUAGUGUAUAUAUGGUAAUAAACCAUCAGUUGGUUUUGCUGGCUAUGUAAUUUUCAUAAGAAUGUUUCUUUAAUGUAAAUUUCAUUUCUAUUUGUUGGAAUGGAUUGUCCCUGAGAUAAACAUUUCAAAGA